AUGGCGGGGUGUGACUCGCGAGGUGGUGAGACAGGUCUCUGGCGACCGUUGUCGCUAGAGAGGCUGGACGGGGAUGACGUGCCUGGCAGCGGAGCUCCGUGGUUGAUUGAAACCCAUGAUCAUUUCCUGACAGCACCCAGUUCCCCGGACCCCGAAGACCAUCAGGUGGGCCGUUAUUCAGACCGCGAUCGACUGAUCUUCCUCGACCUGCUGGAUGUGGUGGAUGAACACGAUAAUGUGCUCUCCGACAGAAAGAUUGCAGACUUGCUGCAGCAGCGUCUAGGAAAACGCUUCCCCGUUUCAACAGUCGCUAGUUGGCGACGCAAAUACAGCGAGCGCCUGUUAAUGCGCGCUGCUGGCACGCUGUCCAUGAGUGAGCCGCUCUUAAAGCCGGUACGAGGUUGUCGUACCGGCCGCCCUUCUGUGCUGGAUGCAGAGGAUGAAAGCAUCCUGAUCGAGUAUGACGAGCGCUAUGGCAAAUCUGGCUCGGUAGCCAAUGCCCGUGAGUAUCUUUUUGCAAAGCGCUACAAGCCCCUCGAACUCAGCGGUUCCAUUGAGCCGUGGCAUGUCUCCCUGAGCACGAUCAGCAACCAUCUCAAAAAGUACUGCCCGACGCCAGUGUCAAAAUGUGGAACUAUGUCCAUGCGCCCACGUCAGCAAGACACCUUUGGACCACAAACAAGCGAGGCAUGCCGCAACUACAUUGCAUUCCUGGACUCGCUGGACGAGAAGCAUCAACUAUUUUCAUCAAACAAGCACGCGCUCAUCUCUGUGAGCGAAAGCUGGAUGAGCAGUCUAGCGUCGCGAUGUCGAGGCCCCACAUCUCAAACUCAGCGGAAGAGCGGGCACCUCGCCACUCGCUCGUCAAUUUCGAUCUUUGCAGCCAUGACCUGUACAGGUGAAAUGAUAACAAGGCGCACCCACCACGGCCCCUGCACGGCAGAAAACUCACAGCGCUACAUUGAGGCAACAAUUGCCGCCUGGAGGGAAAAGUAUGGUUCAGAGCUCAUGGUCAUCCUAUUGGACACUGCCCCGCAUCGACUGAAGGCUAUUACCACCAUGAUGGGUGCCGACGGUGCCGAAUGCUCGGGCAAAGAGUCGACGUUCGUGCGGACCUCGAGCACAAUCCUCGAAAGCGAUGAGCGCUAUUCCCCUCUCACGUACUAUGAGCUGGACGCCUCACAGUACGGCGGACCAGUCCUUGUUGUUCCUACGCCAAGGCGCCAGCCGAGCUUUGUUGCCAUGGACGCCGUGCUAGGAGCCGUCAAAUAUGCGGCAGAGGGCAUUCACGUGCAUACACUUGAUUCUGAUGUCCGGUGUCUCUCAGAUAUCUCAAAGGCAAUUCUUGGGGUUGCCUUUCAUUGCUACGUGACCAGGGGUGUCUUGGCAAGCGUAGCCGACGAUGCGCUCGAAUAUAUGACAGCUUGGCGCGAGGGCACGGUGAGCGAGGAUCAAGCUCAAGCCCGCCACGAGCAGCUGUGCAGACGUGACAUGAACACAUUUAACCAGAUGGUGGCUGCAAUCGGUGGUGUCUUGGAGCAUGACGGCAAGCUUUUUGACCUUGUGCCAAUCCCGGUCGUAUCUACAGAUCUGGUCUGCUGCAAAAAUGCCGCUGGCCAAGAAACCUCUGCUCUCACCAAGGAGUAUAUGCCUUCAAGCGAAAAUAUGCGAUUGCUAGCACAGCGUGACAAAGCCCGGGCGCAGGCCCGGGCUCGUCAAAAGCGGCCAGCUGCCGCACGCAACGCCAACGCAGCAAAGACAUGA